GCAAGAGAAGGGCUGGGGCCAAAUCCUAUAGAUUCUGUAAACCAGGAGACAAGGACUUGACUUUUAUUUGCCAAGCAAUGGAAAGCCGUUGGAGGUUUCUAAGCAGAAGAGUGACAGGCUCUCAUUUAUGACUAAGGUUACUCUUGAUCUCUCAUCAGAAAUAAGCAUCUCUUCAGUUGCCCUUGGUCAAUGGGGAUGCAUAAAACCCAGACUGACAGAGCCAGAACGGCAUUAGAGACAUCUUCAUUGUGCAGAAGUGAAAAACUUGAGUCCCAGGUUGGUCUCCUCACACAUCUUUUAAUCUUGAAGACUUCAGAAUACAUCUGGAUCUACCACUUUUUCAGAAACUACAAUACCAAGCAAUAAAUUUCCCACUGUGAUCUUGUUAUAGUAGAGAAGCUUUUGAGUUCUCCAAAUUUAAACAAGAUUUUCUUCCAUUUUCCCAUGAAGCCACAUUGUGGUUUAUUCACUUUAGUGGUGAGUGUUACUGUGCCAGCUGCUUUUGUUUUGGAAGAUGUAGCCUUCAGCCAAAUGGCCCCAGCAGGAGCAAAUCAUAGCUCUUACAAUGCAUCAUUUCCUCCAAGCUUUGAACUCUCAGCGGGUUCCCACUCAGGUGAUGAUGUCAUCAUAGCCAAAGAGGGAACCAGUGUUUCAAUAGAGUGUCUUCUCGCAUUCAGCCACUAUGAAGAUAUCCAUUGGUACAACUCAAAAGGACAGCAACUGGAUGGCAGAAGCAGAGGUGGAAAAUGGUUGGUUUCUGAUAACUUCCUGAAUAUCACCAGCAUAGCCUUUGAUGACCGUGGGCUCUAUACAUGCUUUGUUACUUCUCCAAUUCGUGCCUCCUACUCUGUCACCCUACGCGUUAUCUUCACCUCGGGAGACAUGAGUAUCUACUACAUGAUCGUUUGCCUGAUUGCCUUUACAAUCACUCUCAUCUUGAAUGUCACACGGCUGUGCAUGAUGAGUAGCCAUCUUCGCAAAACUGAGAAGGCCAUCAAUGAAUUCUUCAGAACUGAAGGGGCUGAGAAACUUCAGAAGGCCUUUGAGAUUGCAAAACGCAUCCCCAUCAUCACUUCAGCCAAGACUCUGGAGCUUGCUAAAGUCACACAGUUUAAAACCAUGGAGUUUGCUCGUUACAUUGAAGAACUGGCUAGAAGUGUUCCUCUUCCACCUCUUAUUCUAAACUGCCGGGCCUUUGUUGAGGAGAUGUUUGAGGCUGUGCGAGUUGAUGACCCUGAUGACAUGGGAGAAAGAAUUAAAGACAGACCUGCCUUGAAUGCUCAAGGUGGCAUCUAUGUCAUUAACCCAGAGAUGGGACGGAGUAAUUCACCAGGAGGAGAUUCAGAUGAUGGUUCUCUCAAUGAACAAGGCAAGGAGAUAGCUGUCCAGGUUUCCGUCCACCUUCAGUCAGAGACCAAAAGUAUUGAUACAGAUUCUCAAGAUGGAAGUCAUUUCAGCCCCCCUGAUGAUGUAGGUUCUGCUGAAUCCAACUACAAAGAUGGGGCAUAUGAAAACUGCCAGCUGUGAGCUAUCCCAGUGCCUACAAAAAAACAGCUCUCAGAAAAAGAACCUAUUUCUUGAAGGAAAUAGCAUUUUUAGCACAAGGUGACUGGGGUUUUCCCCUUAUUAAUAGCACAUCAGCACAUGAAUUGCCAAAAUCCUUGUAAAAACGCAGUGUUUUUCCUGUCUGACAUUUCUUAGUCCUAUUCCCCAAGCUCGAUUAAGUGAUAGAUGUUAAGAUUUAAAGAAACCUGAGAAGUAAACAUGAUGGGAAAUGUACCAAACUAAGAAGCUCUGCUUCUGAUCAUGAUCCUUCCAUUGGAUAGGUCCAACACUUACCUAGAGGCCUCAGUCUUCCCAUCAAUGAGAGAUUUGUAUUAUAUACAAAUGGAAAGUCAUUUCCGGCCCUGUAAUUUCUCACUCAUCUCCUUUAAACCACCAAAAUAUUCAGCACAUUUCAGAGUAAACCCUUCCCUAGACUUUUAGUCCCCUUUUAUGGAAAGGACCAAGUUGAGACUUUAUUCUGUGAUUUAGGGUUCCACACUAGUACCAUAAUGUAUAGAGGUGUGGGUGCUUUCUUACUGUUUUGCCUUGUGGAGUGUGCAAUUGAAAGUGUUAGGAUGAAUCUUUUCAAUGUAGUAUGUAUCUCUAUUGUUAUGCAGAUAUCAGAGAGCCAACUCUUCAUUAGCAAACUAUUUUCCAUGAGUAAAUUGAUCCUGUUUGGAGAUAUAUCAUGUCUAGUUAAUUUACUGAGGUAUCAUUCAGUUCAUUGAAGCUGUCAGUGAUUUCCCAAGUGGUCUCCCAAAGUGAGCAGUUGGUUCCUAAGGAAUAAUGUUUCCAAUGCCUUCAGAAUGAGAAACAAUGUCAAAUUCUCUAUCUCUGGCAAAUCAUGGAUUUUGACAUCUGUUGGUAGAAUUUCUCAGGCUUUCCCCUUUAUUAAAAGUACUAGGCUGUGUAAGUGGGUUCUGUAUUUGGGAUCCCAUUCCAGGGAAAAUCCCAGAGCUGGAUUCCUUUUUAGACCUGUCAAUCCUCUUGCCCUCUGUGGUCUUAAAUAUGGUGCUAAAGGUCGCAUGCCUCCUCAUCUUGUUUGGUUUGUUUGUAUUUUUGUUGAAGUUGUUUUUAUUUUUGCGUACUUCAGAUACAGGAUACUGAGCUAGGGCUGCUUUUGUGAUCUUUCUGAGAAGUCAGUACCUGACAUAAGAUUAGGUUAUAGUGUGUGGUAUAUUACUCUUUCUAUAUAAAUGGUCUAAACAUAAAGGGAGAAAAAUUAUGGAUGAUGCCACCUGGUUCAACUGUGUGUAAUAAACACAUAAGAUAGCAUUUCUUGCCUAGCCGAGAUCUGAUAAAAUGGAAUUGUAACUACUCUUGAGAAUAAUUUCUUUAGCUACAGGAACCUUGGUGCCAUAUAAAUUUAAGAACUUGGCAGUGGAGCACUAUUUGGUGCUUCACAUUUCUUCAUUUGGCUUCUGAUUAUUGACACAUUACUUGAACUAGAGGUUCCUGAGGGAAAUGUUCAGAGGAGGUUUUAUCAAGAAUUUAAUUUAAGGUUUCAAAUGGAGGAAGGCAGAAAAUUCAAAGUGUGGCCAGAUAGAACUCAUGCCUCCCUUUGUCCAGGUUCAGAAGUAGUACAUCUGCUCUGGAUAGCACGAAUGAAUCCAUGUGCAGUUUUAUCAGAUGGCAUUACGGAUAAAGAUGAUAAUGCUGCCUUUUCUGUCUCAGGCAGUUUCCAUGGAAACCUCCAGAGCCAAACAAAAGCUACCAAUCACUUAGCUAAAGCUUGCUUUGGCUCAUAGACAUGUAUUUCUUUAAGGAAAUACAUUUAGCUAUGAGAGCAAGGGCUCUUGAACAUACCCUAGAUUAUAGAGCACUUAAACCCUUCCCACAGUGUUGCUCUUGAAAAAUUAAAAAUUUUAAACAUCCUUUUUCUGGGGUCCCUUGAAUAUUUCUUAGAUUUUCAAAACCAAUGUAGCAGGGUUUGUGUCAUUUCUUAGAAUGUAGUUUGGCACAUUAAUGAGUAUAGUUUUACCCUCAUACACUCAUAAUAGAAAUGUGUUUGGAACCCUAAGGUAGAUGCAUUUAAUGAUCAAAGUUCUAGAAAGCAAGACUUUGGAAAAAAAAGAAGAAAUAGGGGGAAAACAUGUUUGAAAAAUACUAUAUAAUAAUUAAAUAUAGGUUACUCCAGUGUAUCCUGGAUACAUUAUUAUGGAAACAUAACAGUGACUUAGUUUGGUGACCAAAGUAACUGAUUAACUCUGAAUGUUCUAGAUUAUGAAGCCAUUGAUGAGGGAUUAAAGAAGGUCAAAAUUUAAUCAGAGUUGGUACUUUCUAAAGCUAGUUUCCAAGAGAAAGAAAACCAUACUUGUUAAUAUUUUCUGUAUCUAAUAUCAUAAUCUUAAUUUAUAGUUAACAGUUUAUGUUAUCUUUUUGUAAAAUCCUUAACCUUUUGAACUUAUACUACAGUCUAAAGUCUUGACAAUAGCUGUGGUGUAAAUAUCCUUUUGUUAAUCACUGAUUUUAUAGUUAGUAAAAAAUGCCUUUACCCAAUAAAAUAUAUUUGAAAUAGUUCUGUCAUCUAAAUGAGAUGUAAAUUUCAUCUUGUAUUGUGAUUUAUUUUCCCUAUGAAAUGAAAUGGUAGCUUUGUGAAAUAAAUUUACCAAAAACAGACACUUAAAAAUCUUUAUAGAUUUCUUCUUUUAGACAGGCAUCUUUUGAGCUGAUACCCACUUGAGUUUAUAGGCAGUUUGAUAAACCUGUCCUCAAAGUUGCAUCUGUUAUGAUGGUUUAAUUCUUGAGUCAGGCCCAGUGAGCAUUUAUAUUUCUUAAUGCCUACCUUAAUAAGUAUCUUAGGAGUUCCUGACCUGGAAUGGUUGUAAGAAAGCACCUGGCUGCUUCUUUGCCUCACUUAACAUGUGUUUUAAGGUCAAUGCAGUGUCUGCACACAGUUUUCCCUUCCAUUUUCUAGCUCCAGUGGGCCCCAUCUGUCUAACCCUCAACACUGCCUGCAUGUAGUGUCACCCUAGAUGAGCUUUUAUCUCCUGGCAUGGGAGCAUUGCAUGCUUGUUGCUUGUUCCUAGAGUUUAGCCAGUUAUGGGUGCUAGCCUUGUUCCACACACAAGUGGUUGUAAUGCAAGUGCAUUGUAUUUCUUGAGUCACCAGUAAGAGAACACAAUCUUUUCUAGAAGGGAAUGUUGAAAAUGCUCAGCCUUAUACAUAAACUCCUAGAUUGUCAUUAAAAUACUUCAUAAAAGUAAAUGAGUGCUAUUUGGUGUAGUUCAAAUGAUGUUUAAAUGGUCAGCAUUUUAAUAUGUGCAUUAUAAUUUUGUCCUUUUAAAAAAAAUGUCAUACUUGAAUGUAAUUGAUUAAAUAUAACAUGGCAAUUUCAUUUGUCUGAAAUGUUCAUUUCAUUUUUAUGUGUGACAGAAU